CAAGUUCCUGUCAGUUCUCGGCUAGACCUCAGCGAGAGAAGUUCUGCGGUGCAGCCCGCUCUCGUGGUCAGCUCCCUCACCUCCCCAGCCUCUCCCUCCGCAAGCUCUCUGCUUAACCCUUCUUCGCGAGAACUUGAGUUAAGUCUCGAGAGAGUCGCGCAGGUGUUUGUUCUUGGUUCAUGACGCCGUGUUGAAUCACCAAGGGACCUGAGAUACUCUCGGCUUCUUGCCAAAGACAUUGCUCACAACGGAAGACGCAGAACCGUACGAGUUUGGCGCUUUCCGUUCACCAGAGAGACAAAGUCCUCGCCCUGUACAGAUUCCACAAGUGCUUCCCUUCGCCUUGUAGGAGUGACUUGAGUCGAGGCGCGGAGAGAGACACGCAGGGGAGAUGGAGAACUUCAAAGACAUGUUCAGCACCAUCGAGGAGCGGGUGGAGCCGCAGAGCGCCCAGCUGACGGGCGAGUUGCCGGCGUGGCUAAGAGGAAAUCUCAUCAGAGUCGGCCCCGGGAAAUUUGACUUCGGAGACUUCACACUCAAUCACUGGCUGGACGGAAUGGCCAUCCUGCACAAAUUCCACAUCGAGAACGGCCAGGUCACCUUCCGGUCUAAAUACCUGCGCUCGGAUUCCUACAAGAAGGCGUGCAUUGCCCAGCGUCCGGUGUUCACGGAGUUCGGCACACACUGCUUCCCUGACCCCUGCAAAAACAUCUUCUCCAGGAUGUUUUCCCAGUUUGAAAUGACAGACAACGCCUCCAGCAGCGUGGUAGUGAUGGAGGACCAACUGUUUGUGUCCUCAGAAACCUGCUACAUCAGGAGAGUUGACCCCGCUACACUCGACACCAAGGAGAAGGUGGAUCUCAACAAACUGAUGAGCGUCAACUUCGCCUCCUCACACCCCAUCACUGACGCCACGGGCACCACCUACAACUUGGGCUGCUCCUUCCUCAGCGGACCAAAGUAUCACAUCGUGCGCGUGCCUCCAUCAAACAACUCCCACAACCUCACUGGUUCAGACCCCUGGCUCAACGCCAAGACGCUGUCCACCAUCAGCUCCAGCUGGAAGGCGUGCUACGGUUACUACCACAGCUUCGCCAUGAGCGAGAACUACGUGGUGUUCCUGGAGCAGCCGCUGCUAGUCAGUACCCUCAAGCUGGCCACUGCACAGCUCAAGAGUCGCUCUCUCAACGACUGCUUCGAGUGGCACCCUCAGGAGAAGGUCAAGUUCAUCGUGAUCCGCAAGUCGACCGGUGAGGUGGUGAAGACGCGCUACGUGAGCGAGGAAGCCUUCUUCGUGUUCCACCACGUGAACGCCUACGAGGAGGACGACAAGCUGGUGGUGGACGUGGUGGCGUACCCGCGGCCUUCCAUCAUCGAGAAGCUGUAUCUCAACAAGGUGAGGAUGAACCAGUACAGCAGCGAGGACCCUCCGCAGCUCAAGAGGUUCGUCCUGCCCCUCAUCAGUGACCGCGACCUGCAGAAUGCCCAUGACGGGGAGGAGCUGGCUUCUCUUCCCAGCUCCUCCGCGUCGGCAGUGAAGGCGCGUGGCGGUCAGAGUGGCGCCUAUGUCAGCCUCAAAGGGGCAGCCAUCGGCGAGCCUGGCUUUGACAUGCCAGUGGUCAACAAGAAACACACAGGACAGCACUACCGCUACGUGUACGGCACCGGCGGGUACGACCAAGGAUAUUUCAAGAACGCGAUUUGCAAGAUGGACGUGGAGACGGGCGAGACGUGGGUGUGGCGAGGCACCGAGCACCAAUACAUCGCUGAGCCCACCUUCGUGCCCGCGCCUGACGCCAUCGACGAGGAUGACGGAGUGCUGCUGCUGUCCGUGGCUGACGUACGCAAGGGCGCUCCCGACUUCCUGCUGGUGGUUGACGCGAAGACCAUGGAGGAGAUCUGCCGCGCGACCAUAGAUGCUCCUCUACCCUGCAGCAUUCACGGCGUCUUCCUCCCUGACAGAUACUAGCGAAGGAGAGUGUCUAGGGAGGGAGUUGAUAGUAAAUUGUUCGAGUAUAUUGUUGCCUGCAUUGUGAUUCGCUUGUAAUUCGCGGGUUCGUGGCCUGAUGAUGCGCUGUGUUCGGGACGUGAUUACUUCGCGGCCCAGCACGUGUGUGUGUCUCGGCCGCGGCCUUCGCCCCAGCUGCUCCGACUCGAGUGGCGGGGCGGUGUCAAAGCUGUGAUGAUUAUUGUUAUGAAUGUUGCUGCUACUUGUGCCCUUGUCUGGCUCGACGCCCCACUCUCUCUCUCUCUCUCUCUCUCUCUCUCUCUCUCUCUCUCUCUCUCUCUCUCUCACGCAAAGUUCGCGUGGGAGUCGUUGAACAUGACAAUCACUUCCCGGGGCGUCACGUCACCCUCGCUCUCCUCAACCCUGGGCCAGACAAGGGCGCGACAAGUUAGAGAAUCCACGGAAUGCUGCACCGGGUAGAGAGGAGCCUCCAGACAGCCGCGUCCACUUGGGAAAUAGUUUUUGGUCACAAAUACAAACCAUCGAUGGAAGUUUGGAGAAGAAAACAGAUCGUCUCACCCUGACAAGGGAGACUCAAACCAUUAAGUUUCUAUAAGCGAUAUUAUAGACUGAAGUGAAGCACUAAUGAAUAUGAAGACAUGUUUCUGGAAGGCUUGUGGAGGAGAUGGUGUUGCAGUCACGGAGUUCCGAGGACCCCGGUGGCCAGGAACACACGACUCUCCCCUGCAGUCUUCACGCUGCUGUUGCCUGGCAGCUUCCUCCUUCGCCUUCUGCACGUCAUCUUGGCUGACAUAGAUUACUGGAGCCGUGCCGCGACCAGGACGUGGGCGAAACAAGGCACGACUUUUUGGGCAUUCCGAGGUGACGCGGGUGGCCGCGUGUGACAGGCUACCCGUCCAGUGGCAUUAUUGUGUUACGCCUCGCCGCAGCCAGUCAGCCCAGGACUGUCUGAUCGCCACCUUCCCGGAGAUGACUGGCUGGCGACGCAACACACGCAUAGUGAAGCUUUUGCUUAUUUCAUUUAUUUAUAUUUCUUCUGCAUCUUUUCUUUUAUGUAUUUAAUUAUUUUUUUAAUGUUAUUUCUAUCUCAUAAAAGAUCUUUAUAAGCAACCUCCCGAGGAUGUGACGAGCCAGGUCACAGCCGCGCCUGUCCCCGCCGCCCCGCACCGCAGGACUCGGGCGGCAAGGCGACCUACCGUCCUGGCUCACCGCGCCCCGCCUCACUCGCACGCCUGCACUGUGGGCGUGUAGGCGAGACGGGGGGCGGGAAGGGCAUUAUCUGGCUCUCUCCCGCUGGGUCCAUCCUUGCCCUGACGUGUUCAGGGAUAGCGGUGCUCUGCGAGAGGGACGCCUUCGGGAGGAUUAAAAAAAUAUAAUAAACGCAAUUGUCAAAGA